AUGCGGGCAACACCAGAGAUGGAGUAUGGUUGGAUGAAAAUUGGCAGUCGACCAUCAACACGGAAGCCAAGUGGCGGCAUUGAGACACUCCGAGCAGAGCAAUCCGGUCAGAAAAGGGCAAACAGCCGUCAAAGUAACGAGAAAGACCGCCUUGCCCGAUUAUUCCUCAUUGACAAUUUACUUGUGGAGAUGGCAUUUGCCAUGGGAGAUCCAGGGUUUGCUGCUUUGUAUGACAAGACCCUGAUUGCCGAGCAUGAGGACCUUCUCGAAGGAGACCCAUACUCGAAGCAGAGGCUUCGUCUUCGUGAAGUAUCACAACCCUUAAUGUUCGCCAAGCCUCCACUUUAA